AUGGCUACCAUCAGAACGAGGUUUCUCGUCAUCUCAGACACGCACAGCCGCGACUCCAUACCAUCAUCGAAUGAACCUGCAGAUGUGGCCAUUCACUGUGGCGAUCUCACGAUGGGGUCCAGACUGCACGAAUUCAAAGCAGCCAUCAAUCUCAUAAAGCAGAUCAACGCCCCACUCAAACUUGUUAUCGCGGGCAAUCACGACUUCACACUCGACCCUCUUGCAUUUCAGAACAAAAUCCAUGAAGCUCAAAGGCUGCAAGAUAUCGACCCACUACUGAUCGAGAAAGAGUACGGUUACUGUGGGCAGGUUCGAGAGCUGUUUGACCAUGUCGACGUGAAGAAAAGCGGGAUCCGACUUCUAGACGAAGGGACCCAUUACUUUACUCUUAAUAACGGCGCGUCCUUAACAGUAUACGCCAGCCCGUACACCCCAUCGUUUGGGGAAUGGGGCUUUCAGUAUAAACCGGACGAAGGUCAUGAGUUUGCAAUUGGGAGUGUUGAUCUUGUUAUGACGCAUGGCCCGCCUCGGGGCAUCCUGGAUCAUUCUAUGUCUAGUCGGCGGGCAGGCUGUGAGCAUCUCUUUGACAAGGUCGCUCGAUGCAGACCGCGAAUGCACUGCUUUGGACACAUUCAUGGAAGUUGGGGAGCCAAACUGAUCGCAUGGCGCAAGACAAUCAGCGAGAAACCGUCCCAUCUGACAGACAUCGACAACGGCCAGUCAACAGUAAUCGAAAAGCUCUCCAAUAUCGAGGCGAGUGGCCCCCGAGCGUUUUACCUGACCAGCCACUGUGCUGGUGAUGCAAAUUCCCUUCAACAUGGGCAUCACACCCUGUUUGUCAAUGCCGCUAUUGAAGGCUCCGAUGACUUUCCCACCCACCCUGCAUGGCUCGUCGACUUGGACCUGCAAAGAGCCCUCUGA